AUGUCGGAAAAACCCACUGGCCACGCCGGCUAUGCCGACGAGGCUGCCACAGCGUCCGGCGGCGCCGUCCAGGUCCACGCCGUCACCAUUGCCGAAAAGACGCGCGGCGUCGAGCACGACGACGCCGCCGACCUGUUUGCCGACGACGGCGAGGGCACCACGUUCGAGUACACCGAGGACGAGGCCCGGCGCGUCCUCCGCAAGCUCGAUCUCGUCCUGCUGCCCACCAUGAUGAUCUCGUACCUGCUGUCCUUCAUCGACAAGGCCGCCCUCUCCAACGCGUCCAUCCUCGGCAUCCGCACCGACGACCACCUCGUCGGCCAGCAGUACUCGUGGGUCUCGGCCAUCUUCUACUUUGGCUACCUCGUGGCCCAGUACCCGAGCGCCGUGCUCAUGCAGAAGCUGCCCAUCGGCCGCUACUUUGGCGUCAUGAUUGUGCUCUGGGGCCUCUGCUCCACCCUGACCGCCGUCACCACCAGCUUUGCCACCCUGGCCGUCGCCCGCUUCUUCCUGGGCUGCUUCGAGACGUGCAUCUCGCCCGUCCUCACCAUCUUCGUCGGCCAGUACUGGACCCGCCGCGAGCAGCCCCUGCGCGCCUGCGUCUGGUGGAUGGGCGCGCCGGUCGGCGGCUUUGUCAUCGACGGCCUCGCCUACUCCAUCACGGGCCCCGGCUGGGGCGGCGGCAAGUACACGCAGUGGCAGGUCCUCUACCUGAUCUGGGGCCCGCUGACCAUGGGCUGGGGCGUGCUGCUGUUUUUUGUCAUGCCCAACGCGCCCAUGAAGGCCUGGUUCCUGUCCGCGCGCGAGCGCAAGGUCGCCGUGCUGCGCGUCAUCGCCAACCACACCGGCAUCGAGAACCGCCACUACCGCACCUACCAGGCCGUCGAGUGCCUCCGGGACGUGCAGGCCUGGGCCUUUUUCGCGCUGGCGCUGCUGCAGUGCAUUGUCGGCAGCGGCCUGACCAACUUCGACAAGAUCGUCCUGACCGGCCUCGGCUACGACGACCACGAGUCCACCAAGGCCUCCUUUGGCGGCGACGGCGUCCAGCUCGCCUCCCUCCUCAUCGCCGGCGCCGUCACCACGCGCUUUCGCAACGCCCGCCUCGUCGCCAGCAUCGCCUCCAACGCCGUCGUCCUGCUCGGCUCCCUGCUCGUCUACUGCCUCCCCAAGGACAACAUCCACGGCCGCCAGGGCGGCCUCUACAUUAUGUUUGUCAACACCGUCACCUACAUCAUGGUCAUGUCCCUGCUCGCCUCCAACAUCGGCGGCUUCACCAAGAAGGCCACCUGCGCCGUCAUGGUCUUUGUCGGCUACGCCGUCGGCCAGAUCAUCGCGCCGCAGUUCUUCCUCGCCAAGGAGAGCCCCACGUACCCGACCGGCUUCCGCGCCUUUUACGUCUCGACCGCCCUCAUGAUUGUCAUCCAGCUGGCGCUGCUCGUCUACCUCCGCUGGGAGAACGCCCGCCGCGAUCGCAUCGCGGCCGCCCUCGACCACGACGAGCAGGCCGACGCCGCCGCCUUUUUGGAUCUCACCGACAAGGAGCAGCCGGGGUUCCGUUAUAUUUACUAA